CAUUGUAUUUUUUUGCUUUGCUUUGCUUCGCACACGCAAGAAAACAAGGUGGAGCUGGUCUACCGAUAACUCUGCGGUGCGGUUCUAGUCCCGUUUGGAAAGUGUAGCUGCAUGUGCAAGUUGCAGCACGAUUGCAAAUAAGCUGUAAGCAUGAGUGCGAAGACGCCGAGUCAAGAAACAAAAGCACAAACCAAAGCGAGCAGCAGCAGCGAUAUGGCCACAGACAAGCGGCGGGUGCAGCAGGACGACGAUGCCUCCGGAGAACAAUGCGGAGCCGGUUCUUCUUCAGCAGCGCGCGAGGAUGCUGCCAUUCACAUCUACGCCACGAUUGCUUUCAUAGUCAUAAUCAUCGUGAUUGGUGUGCCAAUGUGGUGGAAAACGACCGAAGUCUACCGCGUUUCCCUACCCUACUCUGAAAUUCGAGCCCUGAAUGAGGAUCCAAUAAAGGCGACGUUUCGGUUGGGCCUGUACUGCCAGUCGGCCGAACGGCGAGAAAUUCUAUCAUUCGAGUUGCGCAAAAAAUUCGAACAAAAUUUUGUGUUCGAGCUGGAUCUGCAGCUGCUGUCCCUAGAUGCGGACACACUGUCCACAAUUAAGACACCGGCCAGGUUGGAGGCGGAACUGCAAAAACACUACCCAUCUACCUUGGGACAUUUUCUGUUCAUCGAAUGGCCUAAGCUGGACGACGACAUACUCGUUACCUCCGAUCGUACGGCUUUCAUAUCGGAAAGUGCAUCGUCCCUUAAGGCCUACCAAGUGCUGUCGUCAUGGUUACUGCAGGAAUACAAGCUCAAAGCAAUACUUGGCUCGAGAGACGCGCAGCAAACACUGAUGGGCCGCCAGUUGCGCCUGAACUCGGCACCGUUGCAAGCGCAGUACGAAGUGCUGAUAACUGUGCUAAAUCCUCGUCCCGAACUGCAGAAAGUGCACUGGAAUGCUCGUGCCGCGGCGGAAAAUUACAUUGAACCAUUCCUUAGCGAACUGUCGGGCAUCACCAACUUUACCAUCAAGACGCAAUGGAUUUACCAGGUCGGGCUGGAAGGGGCCGGCGCACAGCCGAAGCAAGUGCCGGACGAUUCGAAGCUUGGCCGCCAUUACGCGCUGGCCGAGGAUAGCUUGCCGCACAUUAUCACCUCGCUGGAGAAGAAGCUCGGCACACAGAUCACCGACAAUCCGUGCAUUCAUCUCGUCGUGUACGUUCCUCCCUGUGCGCAAGCCCCGCUGCGCAUUUACCGCAAGGACGGGCAGCGUGCAGCACCGCUGGCCAGCAACGUGGAAGCGUUCACGUCGGCCAAAUGGGGUGGCAUUGUGUUUGCGAACCCGGCCGAAGCGACCUGCGUCCGGUACAUGGAAACGGAACAGUUUAGCGAUGUGUACAUACACGCGCAGGACGUAAUGCCGGUGCUGCUGUACCAGCUGCGCAAAAUAUUCGAUCUUGAAAACAAUACGCCCCUGCUGGACGCAACGCUCGUGCCGUACAGUACGAUCGAGCCGCGCGCCUGGGAGGUGGACACGUUCAUGCGUACGAACACCAUCUAUCUGGUGCACUCGGCUACCACGACGCUGCAGUCGCUGAUCCAGCUGCUCGGCGGCAUCGAGUACAUCGUCAUCAACGACGAGGUAGGUGCGGCCAUUCAGACCGCCCACCAAAAGAUAGUGGCAGCGAAGCAGCAGCUGCGGGCGGGCAGGCUACAGCAGGCGGCCCUGCUAGCGCGGGAAGCGUACACGUCGGCGGAGAGAGCGUUUUUCGACCCGAGCAUGCUGGCCCUGCUGUACUUCCCGGACGAGCAAAAGUAUGCCAUCUACAUUCCGCUCUUUCUGCCCAUCAUGAUUCCGGUGGUGUUUUCGUUCAACACCAUACUGAAGUAUUUCCGCAAGCGAAAGGCCACCCCGGCGACCAAAGCUAAGGAAGAGUGAAUGAAGUUUGCAAUGACUCCCCUUCUAUGGUCCUUUCUCGUGUGUUUUUGAACCGAAAGAAAUGCAGUUUGUAGUAGAAGGCUUACUUUAUUCAUUUCCUCGCGCAAAUAGGAAAAUAUACUCUAAAACAAC